AUGUGGAAAAGCCUCGAAAGAUUACUAUACGAUAACACCAUAGAGGAGGAGCACUAUCGGAAAAUCCGACAGAAAUCGUCCUCCAACUCGGCCAUCAUCGUGGGUCUCGUAUCCGCGAUGGGUGGCUUCUUGUACGGCUACGAUACCGGCUUGAUCAACGACAUCCUCGAGAUGUCCUACGUCACAAACACCUUUCCUGGAAACGGCGUGUCGUUCAGUACCCACGAGCGUGCCAUCAUCACCGCCAUUUUGUCGUUGGGCACUUUUGUGGGCGCCUUGAUAGCCCCGCUCAUUUCCGACAACUUCGGCAGGAAGUUCUCCAUCAUCUUGUCCUCGGCCUUCCUCUUCACCCUUGGCAACAUGUUCCAGACCAUCUCGUCCACCGUGACCUUUCUUUGCGUGGGAAGAGCCAUUUCUGGCCUUGCGGUGGGCAUCUUGUCCGCCAUCGUGCCCUUGUACCAAGCCGAGGCCUCGCCCAAGUGGGUCAGAGGUUCCGUUGUGUUCACCUAUCAGUGGGCCAUCACCUGGGGAUUACUAAUCGCUAGUGCAGUAUGCCAAGGAACAAGAAAAAUGAAUAACUCAGCCUCAUACAGAAUCCCCGUGGGACUCCAGUUUUUAUGGGCUUUGAUCCUCGCUACCGGCAUGUUGUUCUUGCCCGAGUCCCCCAGAUACUACGUUCUCAAAAAUAAUGUGCCCAAAGCACUAGAAAGCUUGGUCAAAUUGCGUAGAUUGCCUGCAGAUGACGCAGAUUUGAUCGAGGAGUUGGUGGAGAUCAAAGCCAACUACGACUACGAAAUGUCUUUUGGGAAAACCACGCUUCUCGACUGUUUCAGAAGCGGUGGUGGUAGACACAAGCAGGGUCUUAGAAUGCUAACUGGAAUAGGUGUUCAUGCCUUCCAGCAAUGCACAGGAAUCAAUUUCAUUUUCUACUACGGAGUCAACUUUUUUGCCAGCUCCGGGGUCAAAAACUACUACAUCAUGUCAUUUGUCACCUAUCUUGUCAAUACGAUUUUCACAAUUCCAGGAAUGAUCAUGGUCGAUAUCCUAGGAAGAAGACUGUUGAUGCUAUGGGGAGGAGUGGGUAUGUCAGCGUCCAACUUCAUAGUGGCGGUGGUGGGAGUUUCCGCCACCAACAAAGAAGUUUCCUCCAUCCUAAGCAUCAUCUUCUCGUGCUGUUUUAUUGCAUGUUUUGCCAGUUCUUGGGGUGGUGCAGUCUGGGCCAUUGCCUCUGAUAUCUACGGUAUCAGUAUCCGUCAGAAAGCAGUGUCCAUAACCGCAGCCACCAACUGGAUUGUCAACUUUAUUUUUGCAUACAUCACACCCUACCUCAUCGAUACAGGCCAACACACCGCUGCUUUGGGUAACAGAAUCUUCUUCAUAUGGGGAGGUUUGAAUGCAGCAGGGGUUAUCUUCUCGUACUUUACGGUGUAUGAAACAAAGGGGUUGAAGUUGGAAGAAGUGGAUUACAUGUAUGCCAACUGUCGCAAUGCCAGAGUGUCCACCGAGUUCAAAUCCAGAAAGAUCGACUAU